AUGGACAGCAGCACCGUCCCCACCAACGCCAGCAAUUGCACUGAUCCCUACACGCACUCUUCAAGUUGCUCCCCCGCACCUAGUCCCGGUUCCUGGGUCAACUUCUCCCACCUAGAUGGCAACCUGUCCGAACCAUGCGGUCCGAACCGCACCGCGCUGGGCGGGAGCGACAGCUCGUGCCCUCCGACCGGCAGUCCUUCCAUGAUCACGGCCAUCACCAUCAUGGCACUCUACUCCAUCGUGUGCGUGGUGGGUCUCUUCGGAAACUUCCUGGUCAUGUAUGUGAUUGUCAGAUACACCAAAAUGAAGACUGCCACCAAUAUCUACAUUUUCAACCUUGCCCUAGCGGAUGCCUUAGCAACCAGUACCCUGCCCUUCCAGAGCGUCAAUUACCUAAUGGGCACAUGGCCAUUUGGAACCAUCCUCUGCAAGAUUGUGAUCUCCAUAGAUUACUAUAAUAUGUUCACCAGCAUCUUUACCCUCUGUACCAUGAGUGUUGAUCGCUACAUCGCAGUCUGCCAUCCUGUCAAGGCCCUGGAUUUUCGCACUCCCCGCAAUGCCAAAAUUGUCAAUGUCUGCAACUGGAUCAUCUCUUCAGCCAUUGGCUUGCCUGUAAUGUUCAUGGCAACAACAAAGUACAGGCAUGGUUCCAUAGAUUGUACACUCACAUUCUCUCACCCAACCUGGUACUGGGAAAACCUGCUGAAAAUCUGUGUUUUCAUCUUUGCCUUCAUCAUGCCCGUCCUCAUCAUUACCGUGUGCUAUGGACUGAUGAUCUUACGCCUCAAGAGUGUCCGUAUGCUCUCUGGCUCCAAAGAAAAGGACAGGAAUCUGCGAAGAAUCACCAGGAUGGUGCUGGUGGUUGUGGCUGUGUUCAUUGUCUGCUGGACUCCCAUUCACAUUUAUGUCAUCAUUAAAGCCUUGAUUACAAUCCCAGAAACUACAUUCCAGACCGUUUCCUGGCACUUCUGCAUUGCUCUAGGUUACACUAACAGCUGCCUGAACCCAGUCCUUUACGCAUUUCUGGAUGAAAACUUCAAACGAUGCUUCAGAGAGUUCUGUAUCCCAACUUCCUCUACCAUUGAGCAACAGAACUCCACUCGAAUCCGUCAGAACACCAGAGACCACCCCUCCACGGCCAAUACAGUGGAUAGAACUAACCAUCAGCUAGAAAAUCUGGAAGCAGAAACUGCUCCAUUGCCCUAG